CAACUAUGAAAGUAAAAACAAUUACUCGGGGAACUUCGUUGACGCGUCUCAAUGACCAAAAUCCUGUACAAAGGAAUUUGGAUCCUGCUCUCCAUCCGUUUGAACGUGCUCGUGAGUACACGAGAGCACUGAAUGCCACAAAAAUGGAUCGGAUGUUUGCCGCUCCUUUUCUAGGUCAGAUGGGACAAGGACACCAAGAUGGGGUUUACGCAUUAGCUCGUGACACUAAUUCUUUAAUCGACUGUUCUAGUGGCAGUGGCGAUGGUGUCGUAAAACUUUGGAAUGCUGGAGAAAGAGAAGAACGAUGGUCUACGAAAGCUCACGAUGGGAUUGUCCGUGGUUUAGUGUUCUCCCAAAAUGGUGAUGUAUUGUCAUGUGCCUCUGACAAAUAUGUGAAUCUCUAUGAUAAACAUGAUGGUUCUGUUAAGAAGUCCUUUAUAGGAGACGCAUCAUUGUUGGACAUUGAUUCUUGUAAAAAGGGUCAUACUUUUGCUACAAGUGGUGCAAAUGUGUCUAUCUGGGAUAUUAAUCGUGAUACACCGGUCUCGAAGUUUGAUUGGGGCGUAGAUACAUUACCAGUAGUGAAAUUUAACUAUGCCGAGGCAUCAGUGUUAGCUUCUGCUGGUAUUGAUCGUUCUAUCGUGAUUUACGAUUUGAGGACUUCUUCCCCUCUGACGAAGUUGGUUACUAACCUUCGUACAAAUUCUAUCUCCUGGAACCCUAUUGAGCCAUUUAAUUUUAUUGCUGGUAGUGAAGACCAUAAUAUUUAUAUGCAUGACAUGAGAAACCUGAAACGGGCUCUUCAUGUCUACAAGGACCAUGUGUCCGCGGUUACCAGUGUAGACUUCUCACCCACUGGACAGGAGUUUGUAAGUGGCUCUUAUGAUAAGACAAUUAGGAUUUAUAAUGCCCGUGAAGGCCAUAGUCGGGAUGUAUAUCACACAAAGCGAAUGCAACGGGUUACUAGCGUUCGGUUUUCAAUGGAUUCGCAAUAUGUUUUCUCAGGAUCCGAUGAUAGUAAUGUUCGUCUCUGGAGAUCCAAAGCAUCUUCGCGUGCCAGUAUACGCUCUACAAGAGAAGAGAAUCGUCUUAAGUACUUGGAUGCUUUACGCGAUCGUUACAAACAUAUUCCUGAAGUUCGUCGUAUUGCCCGCCAUCGUCACGUUCCCUCGGUUGUUAAAAAGGCAGGUGAAAUCAAACGAGAAGAAAUUGCUUCGCUUAAGCGCCGCGAAGAAAAUCGUCGUCGUCACAGCAAGAAAGGUGCUGUGCCUUACGAGAAAGAACGGGAAAAGCAUGUUGUUGCUUUACAAAAGUAAUUUGGUUUUGGUAAUUUAAUGGUGUUAAUUCUUGGUUUUUAUGUAUGUGGACUUUGGGAAACUUUGACAUUUUUUUUAGGCAGAAUUUUAAUAGAAUGAUACAAUUAUAUACGUCUAUACUAGUUAAAGAAUAGAAAAGAACGUUUCAAUCAGCAA